CUGUACCGUGAUGGAGCCAACUGCCGCUGCCCUGCCUUCGAUACUAGGAAAAAACCACAUUAUUUCAGCUGGUACUUCCUGUGGUCAAUCACAGGAAGUACAAGUCUACCUACAGUCUUUGUGGCAGCUGCACCCGCUAGCGAUCUUGUGCUUAACCUACCUUCACUGAACUUCACGCCAAAUUUCUCCAGCUACUCGGGCUAUCUUGAAGCAUCAAGCGAUGAUCAGUUUCACUAUUGGCUUACCGAGUCACAGCGGAAUCCUUCGUCUGAUCCUCUUAUUUUGUGGGCUGAAUGCUUAUUUGAAGAGCUUGGUCCCUUCAGAGUGAAAGACUAUGGAGCAACUGUAUAUCCCAACGAGUACUCAUGGAACUUGUUUGCAAAUGUGCUAUUCCUCGAAUCGCCUUCUGGAGUUGGGUGGUCAUUCAAUACCCGUGGUAAUGUGAAUACCACUGAUGACGAGGUGUCUCAGCACAAUUACCAAGCACUUGUCGACUUUCUCCAAAAGUUCCCCGAAUACCGGGGAAGAGACAUGUUCAUCACUGGAGAAUCGUAUGCCGGAGUUUAUAUACCGACACUCAGGCUUGUCAAGUUUUGA